AUGUUUGAUUUUUUAAGAAAAGUCGCGUUAAUAACGGGUGGUGCAAAAGGAAUUGGUCUUAAAUACGCCGAGCAAUUAUUAAAAAAUGGAAUUAAGGGAAUCUCAAUAAUUGAUUGCGAUGUUCAAACCGGGCAAAAAACCACAGAAAUCCUUCAAAAAUCAUUCAAAAACUCCCACAUAAUCUUUAUCGAAGCCGAUACAAGCAACGAAAAAAGUUUUGAUGCAGCAUUCAAAGAAACCAUCUCAAAAUUCGGCCAAUUAGAUAUAGUUUUAAAUAACGCAGGAAUUUGGAACGAACUAACUCCGCAAAAAAUGAUUGACAUAAACUUAAAAGGAACCACAACCGGAACUUUAUUAGCGUUUCAAAAAUAUCUCCCAAAAUAUAAAUCGGGCGAUGAAGGAAUAAUUAUUAACACGUCUUCUUUAGCCGGGUUGAUUCCCGUUGCUUUUACCCCGGUUUAUUGCGCUACUAAGCACGGAAUUGUUGCGUUAAGUCGAACGUUGGGAAUCGAUGCUUAUUACGAAAAAAAUAAAGUUAGAGUUCACGCUUUGUGCGCAGGCCCGACGGAUACUCCAAUGUGCCAAAUUCCCCAAGAGGAAUGUUUGUUCCCGCAGCAAAUCGACGUUAUGAAUCGAUUCAUGGAAAAAAGGAAAAUGCAAAAGCCGGAUGUUGUAGCUGAGGCGAUGAUUGAAAUUUUAAAAAAUGGUAAAAAUGGAUCAAUUUGGUUGGUCAACGAAGAUGAGAGAUAUGAAGUACAACUUCCUGAAGUUGUUACAAGAAAAUAAAAUUUUAUACUUGUUAUUAAAGAUAUAAAUAAAUUUAAUUAAGAUAUUAAACAUUCAUGACACAAGUAUAUAAGGUGAUGUAUCAGGAUUUUGAAAGAAAUUAAAGUAGUUUGUAAACCUGCAUUACAACAAGGCUGCAAUGGAAUGCAGGAAAUAUUCAACCUAAUUGAGAGAACCAGG